CGACGGCUCUCCUGCAGGACAAUGUGAGACACCGAGAGUUUAUCCGACGCAGUCAGCGAGCAGCCAGCCGGGAUGGAAGCGGGGACGGUGUAACGCGAACCGGAGCUGAACGUCGACCUGAAUAUUCUGGGAAAUCCGCUUUUUCGUGCCAAGGAAGCGGCCGCAGCGAUGGGAAUACUCCGCUGAGGAGACGCCGCGGCUGGGCCGAGAAUCGGGAGAAAGAUGGGUGUCGCGCUGCGGAGUCUGUUGUUGUGUAGUUUUUGUUUUCUCAUACGAGGUGAGCCUCUACUACUGUAUGCAAAUCGGCGGGACCUUCGGCUCGUGGAUGUGGCGCAUGAGAAGGCCAACGCCACAGUGGUGGUUGGAGGCUUGGAGGACGCCGCUGCUGUGGACUACGUCUUCUCCAAGGGCCUUAUCUAUUGGAGCGACGUGAGCGAGGAGGCCAUCAAACGUACCUUCUUUAAUCAGUCAGGGGCUAGCAUGGUGGAGACGGUGGUAUCGGGUCUGGCCUCCCCGGAUGGACUGGCGUGUGAUUGGUUAGGGAGUAAACUUUACUGGACGGACUCGGAAACCAAUCGGAUCGAGGUGGCCGAGCUGGACGGAUCUUUGAGGAAGGUUCUGUUCUGGCAGGAGCUGGACCAGCCGAGAGCCAUCGCCCUAGAUCCAGAACGAGGGUUCAUGUACUGGACGGACUGGGGCGAGAUCCCGAAGAUCGAGCGGGCGGGGAUGGACGGGGCGAAUCGCUCCAUGAUCAUUGACAAGGAGAUCUAUUGGCCCAAUGGGCUGACGCUGGACUACAGCCAGCAGAAACUGUACUGGGCCGACGCUAAACACAGCUUCAUCCACCGCGCCAACCUGGACGGCUCCAACAGGGAGGUGGUGGUUAAAGGGCAGCUGCCGCACCCGUUCGCCCUCACAUUGUUUGAGGACACGCUCUUCUGGACUGACUGGACCACCCACUCCAUCCACUCAUGCAGGAAGCAGACUGGAGCUGGCCAGCGCGUCGUCCACUCCAAUAUCUUCUCGCCUAUGGACAUCCACGUCUUCAGCCUCAAGAGACAACCCACCGUAGUAAACACCCCCUGCUCCCUGAACAAUGGAGGAUGCUCCCACCUCUGCCUCCUCUCACCUGUCAGGCCUUUCUAUCGGUGCGCCUGUGCCACCGGAGUCCAGCUGCUGGAGGACGGCAAGACCUGCAGAGACGGUGCGACUCAGAUGCUGCUGCUGGCCCGGCGAACCGACCUCAGGCGAAUCUCUUUGGACAUGCCGGACUUCACGGACAUCAUCCUGCAGGUGGACGACAUUCGUCACGCCAUCGCCAUCGACUACGACCCAGUGGAAGGAUACGUCUACUGGACGGAUGAUGAUGUGAAGGCAAUCCGACGCUCCCUGCUGGAUGGCAGCGAUGCUCAGUUCGUGGUCACGUCUCAGGUGGACCACCCUGAUGGCAUUGCCGUCGACUGGAUCGCCCGGAACCUUUACUGGACCGACACGGGAACGGACCGCAUCGAGGUGACCCGGCUGAACGGCACCAUGCGCAAGAUCCUGAUCUCUGAGGACCUGGAUGAACCCAGAGCCAUCGUACUGGACCCCGUGGCUGGGUACAUGUACUGGACUGACUGGGGCGAUGUGCCAAAGAUUGAGCGAGCUGAUCUAGAUGGGAUGGAGAGAGUGGUGAUGGUGAACACUUCUCUGGGUUGGCCCAACGGCCUCGCGCUCGACUACGAAGAACGCAAAAUCUACUGGGGAGACGCCAAGACGGACAAGAUCGAGGUGAUGAACAUGGAUGGGACAGGGCGACGGGUGCUGGUGGAGGACAAGCUUCCUCACAUCUUUGGCUUCACCCUGCUGGGAGAGUACAUCUACUGGACGGACUGGCAGCGUCGCAGCAUCGAGCGCGUCCACAAACGCACCGCAGUGAGAGAGUUCAUCAUCGACCAGCUGCCCGACCUCAUGGGCCUCAAGGCCACAAAUGUGCACGAGGCUUUUGGUACGAACCCGUGCGCGGAGGGUAACGGCGGCUGCAGCCAUCUCUGUCUGUACAAGCCUCAGGGCGUGCAGUGUGGCUGUCCCAUCGGUCUGGAGCUCAUCGCCGACAUGAAGACGUGCAUCGUCCCCGAGGCCUUCCUGCUCUUCUCUCGCCACACCGACAUUCGCCGCAUCUCCCUGGAGACCAACAGCAACAACGUGGCCAUCCCGCUCACUGGUGUCAAGGAGGCCUCGGCGCUCGACUUUGACGUCACCGACAAUCGCAUCUACUGGACCGACAUCACGCUGAAGACCAUCAGCCGGGCCUUCAUGAACGGCAGUGCUCUGGAGCAUGUGGUGGAGUUCGGUCUGGACUAUCCGGAGGGAAUGGCAGUGGACUGGCUGGGGAAGAACCUGUACUGGGCCGACACCGGCACGAACCGCAUCGAGGUGGCCAAACUGGACGGGCAGCACCGGCAGGUUCUGGUCUGGAAGGAUCUGGACAGUCCCCGAGCUCUGGCUUUGGAUCCGGCUGAAGGGUACAUGUACUGGACUGAGUGGGGCGGGAAGCCGAAGAUCGACCGAGCGUCGAUGGAUGGAACGGGCCGGAUCACACUGGUGACCGACGUGGGACGAGCCAACGGACUCACUAUUGAUUAUGCGGAGCGGCGCCUCUACUGGACUGACUUGGACACGACGCUGAUCGAGUCCUCCAACAUGCUUGGUCUAGACCGUGAGGUGAUUGCCGACGACCUUCCUCACCCAUUCGGCCUCACCCAGUACCAGGACUACAUCUACUGGACAGACUGGAGCCAGCGCAGCAUCGAACGCGCCAACAAGACCAGCGGACAGAACCGCACCAUCAUCCAAGGCCACCUGGAUUAUGUCAUGGACAUCCUGGUGUUUCACUCAUCCAGACAGAGCGGCUGGAACGCCUGCGCCUCCACCAACGGUCACUGCUCCCACCUCUGCCUCGCCGUCCCCGUCAGCAGCUUCGUCUGUGGCUGCCCCGCCCACUUCUCCCUCAACUAUGACAACAAGACCUGCAGUGCUCCCACAUCCUUCCUGCUCUUCAGCCAGAAGACGGCGAUCAACCGCAUGGUGAUCGACGAGCAGCAGAGCCCCGACAUCAUCCUGCCCAUCCACAACCUGAGGAACGUCCGCGCCAUCGACUACGACCCGCUGGAUAAGCAGCUGUACUGGAUUGACUCCAAGCAAAACGUCAUCCGCCGCGCUCAGGAGGACGGGAACCAGAGCGUGACGGUGGUGUCGGGCUCUCUGGGUGGACACGGUCAGGGUCUGCAGCUGUACGACCUCAGCAUCGACAUCUACAGCCGCUUCAUCUACUGGACCAGCGAGGUCACCAAUGCCAUCAACGUCACCCGCAUCGAUGGCGGCAGAGUCGGCGUGGUGCUGCGGGGCGAGCACGACAAACCGCGGGCCAUCGUCGUCAACCCGGAGAGAGGGUACAUGUACUUCACCAAUCUGAUGGAACGCUCCCCGAAGAUCGAGCGUGCGGCGCUGGACGGUACAGAGCGCGAGGUGCUCUUCUUCAGCGGCCUGGGGAAACCCGUCGCUCUGGCCAUCGAUAAUGAGGUGGGGAAGCUGUUCUGGGUUGACUCGGACCUGCGGCGCAUCGAGAGCAGCGACCUCUCGGGAGCCAAUCGCAUCGUGAUCGCGGACUCCAACAUCCUGCAGCCCGUUGGCCUGACAGUCUUUGGGAACCACUUGUACUGGAUCGACAAACAGCAGCAGAUGAUCGAACGCAUCGACAAAACGACGAGGGAGGGACGCACCAAGAUCCAGGCCCGCAUUGCCUACCUGAGCGACAUCCACGCCGUCCACGAGCUCGACAUGAGGGAGUACAGUAAACAUCCGUGCACGUGGGAGAACGGUGGCUGCUCCCACAUCUGCAUCGUGAAAGGAGACGGGACGACUCGCUGCUCGUGUCCCGUUCACCUGGUGCUGCUGCCUGACGAGCUGUCCUGUGGAGAGCCACCCACCUGCUCGCCGGAGCAGUUCUCCUGCACAUCCGGCGAGGUGGACUGCAUCCCGCAGGCCUGGCGGUGCGACGGAUUCGCCGAGUGUGACGACGGCAGCGACGAGGCGGACUGUCCGGUCUGCUCCGAGUCAGAGUUCCAGUGCGACAGCCGGCAGUGCAUCGACCUGAGCCUUCGCUGCAAUGGAGAGAUCAACUGCCAGGACAAAUCUGACGAGAACAAGUGUGAAGGUGAGACGGUUCGAUGUCCUACUGAUCAGUUCACCUGCUUCAACGGCCAGUGCAUCGGAAAGCACAAGAAGUGUGACCACAACACGGACUGCAUGGACAACUCGGAUGAGACGGGCUGCUUUUCAGAUCCAACAGAGGAGCCGCCGCCGCCUCCUAACAACACCAUCGGCUCCAUCGUGGCUGUGGUCAUGGCGUUGUUUGUGGUGGGUGCCAUCUACUUUGUGUGUCAGAGGGUCCUCUGUCCUCAGAUGAAGGAUGACGGCGAGACGGUCACCAAUGAUUUUGUGGUCCACGGGCCGUCGUCUGUGCCGCUGGGAUACGUGCCGCAUCCGAGCUCGCUGUCCAGCUCGCUGCCAGGUAUGUCCAGAGGAAAGUCUGUGAUUGGCUCCCUCAGCAUCAUGGGCGGGAGCAGCGGUCCACCGUACGAUCGCGCUCACGUCACCGGAGCUUCGUCCAGCAGCUCGUCCAGCACAAAGGGAACCUACUUCCCACCGAUCCUGAACCCUCCCCCAUCUCCCGCCACGGUCCGCUCUCAGUACACCAUGGAGUUUGGCUACUCGUCCAACAGCCCCUCCACCCACCGAUCCUACAGCUACCGGCCCUACACUUACCGCCACUUCGCCCCUCCCACCACCCCCUGCAGCACCGACGUGUGCGACAGCGACUACACACCGGGACGCCGGGCGCCGCUCAAGUCCAGCGCCGCUGCCAAGGGCUACACCAGCGACCUCAACUAUGACUCGGAGCCUUUCCCGCCACCGCCGACGCCCCGCAGCCAGUAUCUGUCGGCAGAGGAGAACUGUGAGAGCUGCCCGCCAUCGCCUUACACCGAGCGCAGCUACUCCCACCACCUCUAUCCGCCGCCACCGUCGCCCUGCACGGACUCCUCAUGAGCCGGAUCCCCCAUAAUCCCCCAGCCCCUCCUCACAGCUCCGCCCCCCUCACUGUAAAUAGCAAUUGUGCAUAUAUGAGGUAAAAAACGGGAAAGAGAGACUGAUGUAACGGGAGGAGCGAGAUGCAGGAUGAAAAAGGGAAAUGCAAACAGGGAGCUGCAGAACAUUUGUACAUUGAAAAGAGAAAAGCAUAUUUAUAUAUUUUCUAUACAGUGUUUACUGAUAAUGCCAUAGAGGUUUGUAUUAAGAAAUUUGUACAUUUUUUAAGAAAAGGUUUUAUUAAAAACAUCACAAAUAUAAGUUGCCUUAAACCAGGAGAAAAAGAGGCUGAAGGACACAAAGCACACAAAUCAAUGGGACGUUUAACUUAUGAUGCCAAAUAUGAAAAACAUCGACAGCUACAGGGAUGAGAAGAGCCCCCCCCC